AUGCGAAAAAAAAACCAUGAUUACUGGUUCCUAAUUCCGAGGAGGAAGCUAGGCUCAGCUGUGGGCCGGCGCCAUGUGAAGAAGCCUCAAUUGUCACGAUGCCUCGGAAAUGAAACCCAACCGAGACUUCAAUGCGGACCGAGCACGAGUAGCCCAUCGGAAUAUGAAUCAGCCUGGUUCAUAACUGCCUAUUUUAUAGCACAUCCACCCAAAGACUUAAGCCGAAACUCAAGCCCCACCACACCCGAAAGCCUUAACAACCACACAUAA